AGGGCUUUCCUUCCGGCGUGCCCUCCAUUUUGCGGGGCCUGGUCCUCUCCUUGGCGGGGGGGAGGAGGAGGAGGAGGAGGGCCCCGGCCAGAGAGCCCUGGCUUUGCUACAGGCAGCUUCCCAGCGGAGGGCGAUGGGAAGAGCAGCGGAGGCCAGGUAAAGGCCUGCCACGGGAGCUUCCCAGGGGGCUGCCUGCCUGCCUGCCUGGGGUCUCCUCCUCUAUCUAUAGGGCAAGGGCCCCUCCUGCACCGGAGACCCUCCUCCUCCUCCUCCUCCUGCUGCUGCUGCUGAUCCGGCGGCGGCGCAUCCUUCCUUGCUUCUCCUCCUCCUGCUGGCUCCGCCGGGGCUUGUGGUGGGAUGGGGUCCCGGUGGGGCUGAAGCCGCCCUUCCCCCGCCAUGGCCAAGCAGUACGACGUCCUCUUCCGCCUGCUGCUCCUGGGGGACUCCGGCGUGGGCAAGACCUGCCUCCUCUGCCGCUUCACCGACAACGAGUUCCACCCUUCCCACAUCUCCACCAUCGGGGUUGACUUUAAAAUGAAGACUAUAGAAGUAGAUGGAAUUAAAGUCCGAAUACAGAUCUGGGACACCGCAGGUCAGGAGCGAUACCAGACCAUCACCAAACAGUACUACAGGCGAGCGCAGGGGAUAUUUUUGGUGUACGACAUUAGCAGUGAGCGCUCCUACCAACAUAUAAUGAAAUGGGCCAGUGAUGUGGAUGAGUAUGCUCCAGAGGGUGUCCAGAAGAUCCUCAUUGGGAAUAAAGCAGAUGAGGAAGAGAAGAGGCAAGUAGGCAGAGAGCAAGGCCUCCAGCUGGCUAAGGAAUAUGGCAUGGAUUUCUAUGAAACAAGUGCCUGCACCAAUCUGAACAUAAAGGAGUCUUUCACUCGUCUGACAGAGCUGGUCCUGCAGGCCCACAAGAAGGAGCUGGAUGGACUCCGCACAUAUACAGCUGAUGAACUGAAUCUGGUUGAGCUGGAAGAAGAAGCAAGCAAACCAGAAGGCACAGAACAUCCUCCCAAGACUUCCUGCUGGUGCUGAAGGCCUCCCAGUGUUCUUCCUUUCCCCCCCAACCCCAGUGCAGGUAGAAAGGCUACCACCUAGAGAGGGCUGGUUUCUUGUGCUCCAUCCCUCUGGUCAUUGGUUGCCCACCUGCCCGCCAUCUGCCCUAUUGGAUCCUUUUUGGGUUUCCUGGUGUUUCUCCUUGAUUGGUGAUUUCUGUUGUCCUCAAACUCUCUGGAUCCAAAAUCUUUCUCAGAUGGCUCACAGUGUGCAGAAUAUCACCCUGCCAUCUUCACGGCAGGACUGUGGUUGGCAAUCACAGUUGAGGUCAGUCCAGCAGCCCUCUCAGACUCCAGGUGCUCUGCAGCCUGGCCCCUUUCCACCAACAGGUGAGCCAUUUGGUUCUGUACCUUUAUGGGCUGGGCCUUUCUUCCAAAAGCAGGAUGCUUGUGAAGUAAGAAGGACCUGUGUUUCACGAAAGGUUCCCCAGGCAGACGAUUUGCUAACACACCUUCUAGAGCAGGCCUUUGUAUGGCUUGUUACUCUCCCAGCCCACCCUCACGUGCUUUGCCUUUGUCCUCUUUUUAUCUUCUCCAGUGCCUGUGCAAUGUGGUGGAGGGUUCGACCAGGCCCUGACUGAUCAGGGCUGGGGCUUUUACAGCUGUCGUGGCAGUAGUGAAUUAUUCAUAGCAACAGGUUGCCUGGAGAUGCUUGUCAAAAAUCUUAUCUAGAUAUCUUACCAAAAAUGGUCUUUCAUUCCAGAGGGUGAAAUGACCUCUUUCCCUGCUCAGUAGAAGUGCUGGGAAAACAGAGUCUAGUCUUGCUAAGAAAGGGGGUUGUAUGAUGGUAUUUUGGUCUUAAAUUCAGACUUCCCUUACCAGUUACAGAGAAACUACUCUUGCUUCCUCCUAGUCAGACUAGACUUGCCCUUUGAGAAGUCUGUAGAGCCCUGUCUUGCAUGGCAAGCAGGACAGGUCCUUGCUGAUGACUGAUUCAGAACUUUAUAAGGAAUCUUCCCUUGCCCCCAUUAGGUAUCUUUAGUGGUAGUGGUAUUGGGACACUCCAAAAUAGAUACCCAAUUAGGCUAUGUAUAUAUCUAUAGAAAUGCAGACAGAGAAACCACCCAAUCUAUGUGGCACAUACUAGGAUCUGGCUUUGAGACCCCCCCCCCUUGAAGUUAUUUCCUUGCUAUGUUCCUUCCGGCCCUGACACAGAAAGAGGCUUUGUACUGUAAUCUGUGCAUAGAGCCUCCACCCCAAUCCAUCUUCUUUGCCCUCAGGGUCUGACCUGUAAGAAAUUGCUGAAACUCCCACCCUCCUUUAGACUUUUCUCUAUGGGCUCAACAUGAAACUCAAACUGGCCCACCCUUCUGGGGAUUAUCCUGCCAUGUGCUGCUAACAUGUCUUGAUCAGAACAAACUGAAAUCUGCAUGCAUGUUGCACAGGCAUCCUCUUCUCUCCUGGCCACUGACAUGCUUGAUAGGGAAGGCCUAACACACUCAGCAGCAUGCCCUGGUAUUCUGAUCUCUUUUAUGUGUGCCUGCUCAGAGUAGCUGCUUCCUGCGUGCCAACAUCUUGAGGAUGCUAAGCCUCCUCCUCCCCUGUACACCUGCCAGAAAUGGGUCACGGUUGCCCAAUUUAGACAGAAUAACCAUCAGCUGAAGACAUUUUGGGUGAAAUGUGAUGCCUGUACAGCAACCCUUCUGCCAAGCCCCAUUUUGGCAGAGGGCUCAGAUUUGAACCAUUCAGUCCAUAGUGCAACUGGUUUUUGUGAGGUCAGGCUUGCCUGUGUGGUGAGCUACUCUUUCCUAGCCAUAAGCUAAUACCAGAUGGAUCUGUGACCCUUUGUUCCUUCUUCUUCUUCCUCCUGUAAGUUGACUUUCCCUUCAUGGAGUAAUUAAAUUGUAAUAUUCAAAAAGUGGGGGGAAAGGGGAAUAAUAUAUAAUGGAAGUGAUGCCAGUUGUCUUGAUUCAAGUGUUUUGUCUCUGUUAAUGAAAAGGUGCCUUGCAGUGCAGAAAAGGCACCAUUUCAAAUGUGUGUCUCUUGUUUAAAUGCCAGUUUUACCUAUUACCUUGAGCUAGGAGGGUGUGAACUAAUAUCAAGCCAUUGAAAUGUAGAGAAGGAAUUAUGUUGUACCACAGAGUUGGCUGCUGCCAGAAGGGUUUCUUGUGACUUUGGUCACCUGGCACUGAGGACUUCACAAUGGGGGUCUCUCACUUCAGGGUCUAUAGAGAAGAUACAGAAUAGUCAUUCAUAGGAAGUCCCUUCCUGCUACAGCUAAUACAAUGCUUGUGACCUGCAGACACUAACUAGAGAGCAUGUGGCCAUUACUCUGCUGUAGGAUUUGUGUAGUGGACCUAAAGUCUGUUAGGAAUGGGUUAACUGAGGAUGUGCUAGAAAAUUAGGAAUAUUUGUCUGAAAAAUGGAGUCAGGCAGAAACUUGGGAAAAUAGGGUGGAUCAAAGGAAGAUAAAUUAUUCCACGGAUCUUUCACACAGUCUGAAUGCUGUUGGCUGACUUUUUGGGGACUUUGCUGGCUCAUAGGGAUUUUGGUUCGCCUAAUGUAUAUGGGAAGGUGAAAUGAAGACCACUUCAUAUGUACUCUUUCCCUAAAGCCAGAUAGCUGUCUUUUACUCUUCCCAAUCACCUAUUUAUUGAAUUGUAUUGCACACAAGGUGAAUGGGUUUCUUGGGAGUGCAGAUAACAAUUGUGAACUCCCACUUCUUAAUCAACAUCAGGAAGACUUGUGCAGUUUUAGUGCGAUUUAGGGAGGGGAAAAUAAAAACAAAACAACCCACAAUAGUGGCCAGUUGGUUAUCUGCAGAAUGGUUGUGUGAAUUAGUAUCUUUGUAUCUCUUGCACACACAAUGUUUUUAAAAACUUAGUGGCUAGAGCCACCCUCAAGAAUGUCAACCUGAGAGGGAUGCCACUCUGUCACUGAAGAGAGCAUUGAAAAUUGCCAAAUUUUCAUGGACCUCCAGGCUCUGAAAACCUGUACACUAAACAUAUAAAAGUGUUAGUCCUUAGCAGAUCUGGGACUGUCUCCUCCCUCGGUAGCUCUUCCCUGCUGUCACAGUCUAGCAUCAUGUUGGUACUGCUUGCUCCACCUAGGAUCUAAAAAAAUAGCUAUCUUUCCACCCGUAUAAUAGAAGCUGAGCUGUUGCUGCUGCCACCAACGCACAAAAUCAACUCCAAUAUAUCUUUGCAACACACAUUGACAAGCGAGGGAGCAUCUGAGCCUCUUUGUCCAUCUGUGGAGUUAAGUGGGGGUCUUAUUGCCCUUACAUCCAGCCAUGGUUCUUGAUGGAUCAUUGGCACUCAGCAAACUAUUGAUGAAGGCUCAGGGAUGUUAGGCAAUUCUUGCACUGAGAGAGGAUGCUUCCUGAAUCCAGUGUCUGGAUAGUGUUCUCUUUGGAUGCCAGGAAGUGUUCCCUGGAUUUCAGGCCAGUGCUUGGAAGGAAAAGUGAGGAGGAUUCUGGGAAACUCUUCAGUAUUCUGGAGCUCCCUCUGUCCUGCAAGUCACAGGUCAUAGCAACUUGUCUGUCUUUAAGCGGAAACUGUUGCAUAUAACUUGUCAUGGGAUCUAACCAAACUUGCAACUUUAUGAAUCCUCUACUUUGUCUGUAACUCUUGUGAACUUUGCACUCUGACUGGGUUUCCUUGUAUGACCUGUCAUUGUAAUUCAUUAUUUUGAACAAAGAAACAACAACAAAAAAACUUUACAAAAUAAAGAUUCUCUCAAAGUGA